UACAUUGUCAGAUGCAUGCACAGAAGCACAUAGGUAAAAGACAUGCUGAUCAAUGAAAUGGGAACUGUUAAUAUAAAUAUGGACUGAAUAAGACAACAUUAAAAAGAUCUGAAUUUAUUAAACCAGUAAUGAUGAGACCUGACAUUUUGCUGUAAAUAAACUUCCAUAUUUAUCCAUCUCAGCUGACAGCAUGUGUGACCGGCCCAAGAUCCAUGUUUUCCUGGGGGCUCCUCCUCCCUCCUCCGGCCCAUUCUCAGUGUCGCAAGCUGGGGUGGAGAGCGAGCGUCGCCCCCCUGCCAGAUGGAGGCACCUGGAGUUAACCUGGACAGACGGACACCUCAGGCCAGCAACCGAGGAGGCUAGAAAACAAGCAAGAUUGUCAGGAGAGGAGGAAGGAACCAGCAGGGAGGAUGUAGAAGUUGACCCAACUACGCCGAAUUUACGAGACCAAGAUGAUCAGACCAACACCAAUCUGGAUGACGCUGGAUGGACCACAAAGGCAUCACAAGGACAGGAAGAACAAGCAGGAUCAAGCUGCAAUUGUAACACUGAAAAAGAUCUUUGCCCAGAUGAUCACAGACCUGUAGAGAGAUUUAUGAGCCAAGAUGAAGAAUCAGAUCCUGAAAAGGAAGAUCAAUCUUCAGCUUCAGUUCUUGAGUAUCUGGACAGUUGUUUCCCUGCAGCUCAACCAGAGCAAGAACAAUCACAACAUGAACCUGAACCUCCAUGCUGUUCUAAACACCAGUCAUCGCCAGCAGCCUCUCCUCUGAGUGUUAGGACUCAAUACCUCACCACCUGGACCCUGAGUCAGGCCUUAGUCCUGAGAGGCAGGCGCGGCGCACAAUCACCAGCCAGCCCUGAGAAAACCCUGCUUCCUCAGACCCCAACCAAACACACCCAAACACCACCCUCCAUCUCCUCCAGCACCCCAGAGCUCUUCAGUCCUUUAACCCCGUCACCUGGAGCCUCAGCUGAGCUCUUCAGUCAACCCUGCUCAACCCCAAGUGUGGAGGAAGGGGGCGUCGUCCUCGAGGCCACAACAGACGGUGUGCUCUGCUCCCAGGUGGCUGAGUCUACAACUGCCCUCGACUCCCCCACCAAAUCUCCCAAUUUCAAGAAAGCCCGAAUCUCUGAGGACUCCAGGAGUGAGGCGUCAUCGGACAGCACCACAGUCAGCCUCCAAGGUCCUACCACACUUCUGGUUCGGUGUUACAAACCAGGGGUGCGAUACUCAGUUCUGGUGGCGGUGGUUCAUCCCUGUCACCUAAAGGAGAUCAAGGUGAAGUCUGGGCCAUCAGCAGGGACUUAUGUCCCUCUGGCAUCCAUGGUGGUGACAGACCAGUCAGACGUUGAGAUGAAAGUGGUGCUGUGGCGGCGGGCGGCAUUCUGGGCGUUGACUGUGAGUCCUGGAGAUAUUCUGCUUAUCACAGGACUGCAGGUUAAUGAAGACAGGUGGAGAGGAGAGACGGUGCUGCAGUCAACCUUCAGCAGCAAACUGCUCAGCCUUGGACAGAUCACUGCCUCCACCUCGCCACCAGCUCCGCAGCAUGUUAAUGUUCAUACUCUCAGCUCUCUGUAUGGAUUUCUGAGGGAGCGACGCCCUCUGCUGGUGUCUCUGCCCCCCCACCCACUUCAGGACCUGAAUCGCCUCCCCUACGCCACCCUGAGGUCACUGAGGGUCAACACACUGGUUCACGCCCUGCUGCGUGUCACACACACGCAUAUCAGCUCAGUGUGGCGGAAUGAGGCGGAGUCUCGCUCCAGAUCAGCAGUUCAGUUGAAAGCUGUUCUGAAUGUGGAGCAGCCAAAUGGUCAGCAGGGGGCGCUGCUGCUGUGGGGAGCUGCUGUGGACUGGCUGCCUCGUUUCAAGAGAGACAGGGCUGCUGUCUGGGACUUCCAUGUCCUCCUGGUGAGGGAGGGUUUGACCUUUGACCUCCCUGAGCUGCACUCCACCCCCUGGAGCUCUGUCCAGCCCCUGGACCCCACCGACCGGCGAAUGCAGGAUUUCCUCCCAUCACGACACAACCAAAAAAGAAACAGCAGCAGCAUCAGCAGUCUGGAGCUGGACCUCGACACGCUGCUGUCCCAGAAAUACAGCGGUGAUGUGGAGCUCAGAGUCCAGGUCAUUGGCUUCCGCUUCCAAGACGCUCCACCCUCCCAGAAUGCAACUCAGCCACUCCUGGACAGCUCCACACAGCUGGAUGGUAUCCUAGAGGCGCUGAGCGGAGACGUCACCUACACUGGCUGUGGUCGCUGCUCUGCCGAGCUCAAUACUGACACCAACGGCAUCUAUGGCCCCUGUUACCCCUGCCUGCCCCACACCACCGUACGCCGCUACUACAGGCCAGCUGUGCUGACUGUGAGUGGGCAGGGCAGCAGUCAGGUGUGUGUUCAGGUUCCUCCUGUUCCUCUGCAGAAUAUCCUCGAUGCUCCACCUGAUAAACUCCACAGGAGCUCAGCUCCAGGCUCACAGGUGAAACACAUCCAGGUGGCAGCAGAGAGGAUCCAGACCCUCCUCUCCCUCCCAAGGAAAACCUUCGUCUUAACCAUCCGGAGUCACUUCCUGUGCGAUGAGAACAGCUUCCCCCUCAGUCAGGACUUUACACUGCUGGACCUUCAGUUCCCCAGCUGACAGACUGCACAGUGAUUAUUGUUGGUUUGCAGUUUACCAGGGAGCUGGAGCCUAUCCCAGCUAACAUUAGGCCCUGGUCUAUCACAGGGCUGAGACAGAAACAAACAACCAUUCACACUCACACCUACAGGCAAUUUAAAGUCACCAGUUAACCUACCCUGCAUGUCUUUGGACUGUGGGAGAAAGCUGAGAGCCUGCAGGAGACCCACGCAGGCUCAUGGAGAACAUAUAAACUCCACAUAGAACCUACUUGCUAUGAGACGACAGUGCUAACUACUGCACCACUGUGCCCCCCAGCAUGACAACCAGUUUGCUCAUCAGUCUGUCCUGUAGUCAGCUGAGUUAGUUGACACUCGAGUUAGGACAGAUCUGCCUGUAGAGUGUUCUUCAGACUACACUGUGUAUUAGCUUUAUUUCUUACCGAUUGAUUUUAACAGUGAGCACAUUUAGUACAUUUAUCUUUGUAGCAAUGUUAUUAAUAUCAAAUUUUAUUCACCAGAAUGAAAGAAUCAAAUUUCAAACCAACAACAGUUUUUUUUAAAAAAAUAGUUGCAUCUGUUGACAUUUACUGAAAUCACAGUGAUCUAUUAUAUAUAGAUUAUAAUAACAAAAACAUGUAUAUGAAUACACACUCACAUGAAAUACAACAAAAAAAAAUUCAUCCAACUGUUGAAGAGUUUGAAUAGCAUAUAUUAUCAUCUGAACAGCAUUACCAGUCUUAUCAAAAUACAAGAGACAGUGUGCUCUGGUGUUUUAAUACAUCUGAUUUAUGACAAUGUUUUUUAAUUAAAUUAAAUUACUGAUCAUAUCUUGGUGACAUUGGACCACAUAGUUGCAGGGUAUCAGCUGCUGAUACGUGGAAGAGCUUCUGUUUAACUGCACGACAUUAAUGUUUCAUUAGAAAAAGUUUUUGAGGAAAACAAGUUAUUUGAUGAAUUAGAGUGCGACUCCUUAGAGUCACGAAUGUCAUCCUGUUGUAGACUGACUAUGGUGAAAACUGUAUUUUAGAUUUUCUAGAUGUAUGUGCUGCUUUUGACAUUGCUGACUGUAACUCUGGUUGUGCCCCGCUCAAACUGACUGAGUUUUUGUUGCUGUCCUGGCCCCCAGAUCCUGGAUCAGUCUCCCUCAGUGGGUCAGGUCAGUAGAAUGUUUUAAAUCUCAUCUCUAGAUGGACCUUUUCUCAAAAUGAAUUUAUUGAUUCUUUGUUUCUCUUUUCUCUCUCGUUUUUAUCCCUUUAAACGUUUUUUUUGCUUGUAUCUGAAGUUUGUAUUCAUGUGCUAUUGAGCGCAUUCAUUUGCUGUGAAGCACUUUAUAAACCUGGUUUUGCAAAGAGUUGUAUAAAUAAAGAUUUACUUUUUCAAGGG